AUGGACUUCCAGCCGGACGAUCUCGAUGACGAACCGUUUCGCAUUCAUCUGAAUUUGGAUAACUUAUCUGAGGAAGAAUCCAAAGCUCGAUUCUCACUACUGUAUGAUGAGAAGACGAAUACGAUGAAAAGAAGAGAGAAUACGGAUUAUUUGAGACCAAUUUGUAUCGAUGGCACUGAUGUUUCUAAUAAAUUAAACCUAAUAAUCCGAAAAGAUAUGGAACUUUUCCCAAUGGACAAGUCGAUUUUCAACAUGAGAGCCAUCAGUAUGACACUUUGGUACUUCAUUUCUAGGGGUCAUUCGGCCACCGUCUUCCUGCCAACCAAUCUUCGCGAUUUCGCUCAAAAAUGCUCGGAUCCUCAUGAAUUGAGUCUUCUGGCAAAAUUAGAACUCAUAGUUUUCGAUGAGUCCAACUCUCAACACCCAUCGUCUACCGUACUCCUCUCGAAAACGAUUGCCACGUGGGCCGAAGAUAAUGAUGGGUGCAUUGUUGGAAGUCGUAAGAAGUACGCACUUCUCGGGCAGAAAUACACUGAAUUGAUAGAUCGCGUCACGAAUUCGUUGAUCAGUCCCACGUUCACACCGGAUCAUGAGUUGAGAGUUGGCGAUUGUGUGCGAUUGGUUUUGGCACCAGAUGAAGUUCGGCGAAACGAGGAUAAUUCGAAAAGCAUCGGUUUCCAGUUACUUGCAACCGAUCAAGUCAUUAUCAUGAGCAAAUUGGCUAGAAUUAUUGGAAAAAACUCAAUGAUUGAUUUGUGCAAUCGCGCUCGAGAGCUCAACAUCUCCUCCAACACCUCUCAACGUAACAACAUUCAGAAGCAUUCCACGUCGAUGACACGUGUCUAUCAGAGUCCUUAUCACUAUAAUGAUCCGUUUCUUCCCGAUUACGUCGCACCUCCACCACCGAUCGCAUUGGAGAAUGUGGUGAAGUCAACGAAAAUCGGACAUAAGCAUUCUAUUUAUCGUGUCGGCGAUGGAAAGAAAAUCGAUAGAGCAUUGAGUGGUGCGGAACGGAGAAUCACAGCAUUCCGAAGUGCUUUAAUUGAUGCUCUUCAGCCAAUGUUCGGGUUGGAAAAAGCGACGGAUUUGGUGAAUAAUAAUCCGGAAAUCAGCGAGAUCAAUGAUCUGAUUGAGUUGGGAAUCAGUCAAUGA